UCGAGAUUGGCAAAUAUACAAAUAUUUGUCUACUUUUAUGCACUAACAUACUGUGUUAGACCCUAAUAUACACCUGUAGAUUGGACCCUUGAAAAUACAAUGUAAUUGCAUAUCGUAGAAUCUCCAACCUGUGGAAAAAUUCUUGAUCCGCGCAUGCCCUCAAUAUCAAUCUAGACGUUCAAUGCAUUGGAAGAUUUAUGGCAUCAUAAAAUUGCACAUUUUUUUCACAAUAUCAUUAUAUCGUGAUGAAUACUAAAUCAUUAAACCCGGAUUAAAUCACUAGAACAUUGGGGCACAAUUCAGUUGGCUUGAAGUGUUUAUAUUUCAUAUAUAUUGGUCCUUAAACAAUUCUUAUUGUUUCUUAAAACAGUUCUUACGUGUGAAACAUUCAAUAUUUCCGCAAUGAGCGUGUGAAUAUGGUGUAUGCUGUUGAAUUGAUUUUAUUUUACAUUUUCCUAGACUUGAAAGUGAAAUGUAUGCUGAUUUCGUCUCCGUGUAUGGAAACACAAUACUGGAACAAUUACACACUCCAAUGUUUCCAGAACCACAGUAUAUAUAUCACACGCCACAUCGGUAAAGAUGUCGUCCAGCAAUGGACUCCGCCAGAAAAUACAUCGGGAUGUCAGGAAAUGAUUUCAAAUUAUUGUAGUUUUUCAUUACCACUCGAAGAAAUGAUAAGAAAAUAUUCAUCACCGUUUGCAUCUGCAGUAAACCAAUGUAAUAACAAAAGAGAGUGUACAUUACCUGCAGAUUAUUUUGGAAAAAUUGAUUCCGAUCUUCGAAGUUUAUGCAAGGACAGUCUUAACAUCUCGUUUCGUCAGAGUAUUGAAUAUGAAUGCAUACCAGAUGCACAUGUAGUGAGGAACUGUUCCGGAGUAACGGACAAUAGAUCAAAACAUAUUUACCUACAGCUCUUUGACGGAUUUAGUGACCAGCCUUGUCAUGUUUACGCCGAUUUAUCAAAAGUUAAAAUUUUACAAACCUACCAGACAGAGUUACGCAUUUCAUCGAAUGGAAUUCUUAUCUAUGAACACCUAGCGUCCAAUGCUGGCCUAUAUGGUGUAGACAUUCCUCUGUUUACAAACCACCUGAUAAUUGAUAUGCGGGAAAGAAGUACAAAUACCUAUAUAAUGAUGAAAUUAGAAGUCAAGAAAUCGUCAAAAAUCGUCUUUGAAGUCGGAGGAUCUCACGGUAGCAUCAAAAUUGUGAAAAAGGAGACCCACACCAGUGCCUUCAUAUGGAUUCCCACCAUAUUCACCGUGAUGCUUAUUCUCCUUGUAUCAUUUUCAAUCUGUCAACAAAGAAUGCAGCACUCGAGGUCGGCAGUAAUCGACAUGGCUGAUACUGGUGGUAAACUCGUAUUCCGACUGGAGACCAAAAGAAAGGGCAAUGGUAUCAAGAUAGAGAUGCAUAAAGCGGAGUGUUUGUGUGAACCGCCUCAGUCGCGCACCACAAGAGUAAUCUCUUAUCCUCUGUACAUACCCUCCAAACAUGUCAGCACAGUAAAUAACACAAUGAACAGUGAACAAGACCUCUCAGAUGCAGAAUCUGAAACUUACAUAGAUAUGUUAUCAAGAAACUAGUAAAGAACACUGGAUUUGACAAACGACAGCGAUGUGAUUUACAAAGAUAGACUCACGGCGCAUUAAUUCAUAUUCCGCCUGCGAGCAGGUCGUAAUAUAAGUACAGACGAUGUAUCCGAUGAUAUUCGAUUUUAUUUAUAGUACAUAUAAAAAAUUUAUUCCUUGCCAAAAAUAUGAGAAACCCAAAUUCUACCUGAAAUUUUAUCCCUUGAUAAUCUACGGUAGUAGUUAACGUUAGAUAGAAAUUCAUUUGGUCAAAAUCCAAGAAAGUGUCCUUGAAACAAAAAUCCUGCUGCACCUCUCGAAACAGACGCCGUGUUUAGCAAACUGUAAUAAGAGUGUUCUUUAAAAAGAUUUCUGAUUUGCAUCAUAACAUGUAUUUUCGAAAUGAAGAACGUUUUUAAGUGUGCAUGACGUUAUGAACUUCCAGUUGCUCUCCUGGCAUAUGUUCUAUGAUGAGCAUAUGCGAAAAAUACCCGGAUUUGACUUUGGACUAGUUUUAUACUUGUACUAUCUCAAUAAAGGCUGGGUAUAUUGAAGUUACCCUGGUCCGUCCGCCUGUCACACUUUCUUUUUCCUCAAACUUUUUUUGAAUAUGAAAAAUAUUUUUUUUAUUUGUUCUCAAUAAAUUGCGAUUACAUUGUGA